CGUGCUUCAGCAUGGCAGUAUUAAUAUUUCUCCGCCAUGCAGCAGCUGCUAAUGUUUGGUAUGUGUGUUUUGUAGAUUUAAUGCUCACAGUGAUGGAGGCCUCCAGCUUCACUCCAUCAGUGUACAGCGUACACGCACUCACACUGCUGGCCGAGGUGCUGGCUCAUCUGUUGGACAUGGUGUUCUAUAGUGAUGAGAAGGAGCGGGUGAUCCCACUGCUGGUUAAUAUCAUGCACUAUGUAGUGCCUUACCUUCGCAACCACAGUGCUCACAACGCCCCCAGCUACCGGGCCUGCAUCCAACUGUUGAGCAGCCUAAGUGGAUACCAGUACACCCGCCGUGCCUGGAAGAAGGAGGCCUUCGACCUCUUCAUGGACCACACCUUCUUCCAGAUGGACUCCUCCUGCGUCAGCCACUGGAGAGCCAUCAUUGACCACUUGAUGACUCAUGACAAGACCACAUUCAGAGACCUCAUGACCCGGGUGGCUGUAGCCCAGAGCAGCUCUCUGAGUCUGUUCACCAACAGAGACGCUGAGCUGGAGCAGAGAGCCAUGCUGCUCAAACGCCUGGCUUUCACCAUCUACAGCAGUGAAGUGGACCAGUACCAGAAAUACCUGCCAGACAUACAAGAGCGUCUGGUGGAGAGCCUGCGUCUACCUCAGGUGCCCAUCCUCCACGCUCAGGUGUUCCUGUUCUUUAGAGUGCUGCUGCUGCGCAUGUCACCUCAACACCUCACCUCACUGUGGCCCACCAUGAUCACUGAACUGGUUCAGGUGUUUCUUCUGAUGGAGCAGGAGCUAACAGCAGAUGAGGACAUAUCAAGGACAUCAGGGCCGUCUGUGGCUGGGUUGGAGACCACCUAUUCUGGUGGGAAUGGCUUCUCCACCUCCUACAACAGCCAGCGCUGGCUCAACCUCUACCUUUCAGCCUGCAAGCUCCUGGACCUGGCCUUGGCCCUGCCUCCUGAGAGCCUGCCUCAGUUCCAGAUGUACCGCUGGGCCUUCAUCCCAGAGGCUUCCGAUGAUUCAGGAUUGGAAGUGAGACGUCAGGGGACUCACCAGAGAGAGUUUAAACCUUACGUGGUUCGAUUAGUCAAGCUGCUGAGGAAACGAGCCAAGAAAAACCCAGAGGAGGACUGCUCCACCCGAGCCCUGUCCUGGGAGCCAGGUCACCUGAUGCUGACCCUCUACGUGAUCCGCAGCAUGGAGCAGCUGCUACCCUUCUUUAACCUGCUCAGCCAGGUAUUCAACAGCAAGGCCAGCAGUCGCUCAGGUCCCACCUACACACACAACCUUGCAGGCGCUUCCUUCCCCGGGCACAAGGAGGGCCACAAACUGGAGAGCCAGAAAGUCUUCUGGAGUCGAGCUCGACAGGACAUCGAGGAGAUGGUGGAAAAAGACUUUUUAGAGGGCCUUAUCAAGACGUGAGAAUACAGCAAAGGAAGGGAGCGGGAUUAACACAUAACUGAUCAACACUAGUGAAAAACCUCAACUUGUACAUUAAAGAACAAGGGAAUGAGGGAAAUUGUUUGUACAUUUUUUUGUAUUUAUAAUGAUUAUUUUACUUUUCAAAAGCUAUUGUAUUUAAUUUUAAUUAUUUGUAUAUAUGGAGCAUCUUUGAUGACUGACUCUUAACAUUUCAUGUGAGUGCUUUUGGACAAAGUGAAGAUGCUGUGCCAUUCCAUAUCGAUGUGACUUAAUAAAGAUUUUUAAUGGGAGGGUUA